GCGUCCCGCGGUAAAGUUGAGACACAGCUUGUGAUUCGCUCUCAGCAGUGCCUCAGCCAAUCAGAGCGCAGCACUGAAGGGAAGCGUGAACGUCCCUUAUGAGGCCUGUGAACGACUCACGUAAAAUGGCGACGGCGGAGCCGGAAUUAAACUCAAUUUCUUGUAAGAGUGAAGAGGAGAACUCAGAAGAGACCAAUCAGGAGAUUGUCAGCCCUGAGAGCUACAUCAAACACCCCCUACAGAACAGAUGGUCUUUAUGGUUCUUCAAAAAUGACAAGAGCAAAACAUGGCAGGCCAAUCUCAGACUGAUCUCCAAAUUUGACACAGUAGAGGAUUUCUGGGCGCUUUAUAACCACAUCCAGGUCUCCAGCAAUUUGAUGUCAGGAUGUGACUACUCACUUUUCAAGGAUGGUAUUGAGCCUAUGUGGGAGGAUGAGAGGAAUAAAAGAGGAGGCCGCUGGCUCAUGACUCUCAACAAGCAGCAGAGGAAGUAUGACCUGGACCGCUUUUGGUUGGAAACUCUGCUGUGCCUCAUCGGUGAGGCCUUUGACGACUACAGCGAUGAAGUAUGCGGGGCUGUAGUCAACAUCCGAACAAAAGGAGAUAAAAUCGCUGUCUGGACAACUGACUACGAGAACAGAGAGGCUGUAACGCACAUAGGGAGGGUGUACAAGGAACGAUUAGGCAUCCCUAUGAAUAUGACCAUUGGCUACCAGUCUCAUGCUGACACGGCCACUAAGAGUGGCUCCACCACUAAGAACAAGUUUGUGGUCUGAAUAUCUUCAAGGGCCUGAAUCUUCUCUCUCUCUCUCAUCUCUUUCUCCGCCUCUUAAAACCAAAGCAACAAAAAACAGACUGGACUGAACUGCCAUGAAACCCCCCUGCAAGUACAUUUGCACCCAAAAGCCCUUCACAAACACACUCCUGGACUUCAACUCGCACAACCAAUGAGAUUUACAGCACAAGACAAAAAUUAAAGAUAAUAGUACCUCUGCUGCUUGUUACCUUCACACACAUUUUAAGUAUUACUUCUGUAUCAUGCUACACUACACAUGUUCUCACUUUAACCCACCAAACAUUCACACAUCACUACACAGUUUUCACCCUGAGAAAAAAAACAAAAAAACAUGCGCAUAAUGAAGUCACAUUCAAUGUUUACCCCUGGCAAGUCUUGUUCAGAGUUUGUAAAGUAUUUAAUAUCGUUUUCUUUGUUUUUUUUGGAAGAAAUUGUCAAUUUAUUUAAUGGCAGAGGAAAGGAAAUGUCUGUGUUCUUUUAUCCAGCAGCUUUGCUGCUUCAGUGCCUAAUGAACAUAAACAUUUUAAUUUAUUCAGAUUAAUCGUCAACAAUUCAUUGAGAUGGUAUCUGGCCAUUGAGUGAAUGUAAUCAAGCUAAUCUUCAUAGAGCUGCCUUACGUCUUUAAGCAUUAACUUGAUUAAAUUUGGGGGUUUGCAAUUCAAGAUAAGUGUUUUUAUAUUGUGAAUUUUCGAUGCAUCAUAAGUUUACAUUCCUUGUUAGAAUAGUAAACUCUGGGGUUUGUUUUGCAGUGCUGUAACGGAUGAAUUGUGCUUGUCUGGAUGUCAUUGGCUUGAGUUGGCUCUUCAAUAAGAUAGCAGCAUUAUCAAAUAGGCCCUGAAAAUAAAAUAGAUUUAUGUUGAUUCAA